AUGAGACCAACGCUCUGCCAACUGAGCUAUAGGAGCAGCUACAGCGACCGGGGUCUCUAUUAUUAUAUAUCUUGCCGGCAGGUCGUUGAGCAAUUGCGGGACUGCAUCCCCCGACCCCCAAGUACACCUCGCCGCACGACUAUUGACUUUGAUGGCUUUCCAGAUGACUACUGGGAACUCCACUUUGGCUUUACUGGGCGGGCCCAGUUCGAACGCAUUGCGAAUGCCUUGGAUCUUAAUGAGCGCGAGCUUGUCGUCGGAAGGCGCCAGGCCGUGCUGACCUUUGCCGCAUUUUUGCGAGUGAAGCGACGCCUCGUUGAUGCAGGCAUUGGGGGUGACUUGGACCGAUUCAAAGAUUAG